ACACAAGCUCAAGUUAAUGAGGUGGUGGACAUCAUGCAAGUUAAUGUGGAUAAGGUCCUAGAAAGGGACCAGAAGUUGUCUGAGUUGGAUGAUCGAGCAGAUGCUCUACAAGCAGGUGCAUCACAGUUUGAGACUAGCGCUGCCAAGCUGAAGAGAAAAUACUGGUGGAAGAACUGUAAGAUGUGGGCAAUUCUUAUCGCUGUAGUCGUGCUCAUAAUCAUCAUCAUUAUCGUGUGGAGUGUUUUGUGA